GGUAUGAGAACAAAGCACGGGACGAUUACUCCAUGCAUCGUUAUAAUGAAAGAUAAUAGUAUUCUGGAUAUAGAGUUUGCUAACUCAAUUCCCAUUGUGCAGACAUUUCCGUGGACAUCUCUACUUCCCAAGUGGAAAUUACCAUCUCUCAGUCAAGACUUAAAACAACCAACAAAUCCUUCUGUGAUAUCGCUGUCAGUGGAAAACGUUUAUGAUAGUGGAAUUUCCCCAAAAAAUAUGAAGUCACAAUAUCAACAUCCAGUAAAAUAUCCUAUUUACAUAUUACCUUGUGCUUCUCUAAGUCAAUUUGGGGGAGAUUCGAAAAUUUCUUGUCCCCAAAAUGACAGUAAAAAUGAAAUACCCAUUUAUCAGGCUUCUAUAUCACGUCCACAUAUGUCUGAUUCGUCAAGCUUGUCUGUUAAUCAUGGAAAUUUAACGCGGAAUUAUAAAAUCCAUUAUGGAUCUGGAACUUCAGCAGAUAGUUUUCUUAAAAAUAUUAAUCAAGCUAAAAAUGACUUCAAGUUGAGCCAUUGAUACCAUACACACUUUGUUGACAUGGACUGCCAAAAGCUUUGUCUGUUGAUUACUUUUUGUUGAAAAAUAACGAUUUCAUGAAUAUUAUGCUUUUCAAACGUCAAAUAAGUGAGCAGUUUUUAUGGUAUUUUACACAAUUUUUUUAAAUAGAAUUUUACCAUUAUUUUAAUGAAUU